ACUCAACAGGGAAAAUCAAAGCAAGAGAUUCGACAUAGCCAAGAAGUAACAAUUUAACUGUACUCCUGCUAGAAACUUAGGUGUUCUCAGUAUUUUAACAGUAAUCGGUCAAGUACAAGAAAUCGAGUGUGAAGUUAAAGUUGAAUCAGUGUUAAAAUGAGUGGCCUGGGUCCGGCAGCCUGCUGGCUGGCACACAAGCGCAUCGAGUCCUGGUCCCGCAUGGCCAAGGAGCGUGUCGGUGCCGUUCGUCGUGUUACUCUCGAUCGCAAUUCGGCUGACGAAAGCAGUGGCAGCGGCAGUGGUGGUAGUGGCUCCGGCAGCGGUGGCAGUGGCAGUGGCAGCAGUAAUGGUUGCACCCAAAUCUUGCCGGGUAGUGAUGGGGCGGCCUCAUCGACGACGCCACCGCCGCCACAGCAGAUGACGCCACCGCCAUCGGCAUCAUCGGUCACAUCGACUACCAGUGGCAUUGGCAGCGUUUCGGCUGGUAGUGUCAGCGAUAGCUGUGAUCUGCCCACGGAUUCAGAGGAAGUCAACAUUUCGAGAGAGACACAUCCCGUACAACCGGCAACACAGCUGCAUGGAAUACCUUGUGUACCCAAUCAUCCGCUCUCCGCAGAUGCUAUACGUGGUCCACCCGAGCUCUUUCACAGCCCCUUGCACUUGCACCACCAGAGCCGAUCCUUUCCGCCGCGCCUGCAGCGCACACCAUCGAUAUCCAGCCAGAGCAGUGUGGACAGCGCUCCGUCCAGGCAGUCGGGACACCGUGGUUCCUCGCCCCAGAUACGCACUUUUGGACCUGAUGGACGUAGCUCACUGCCAAGUGAGUCGGCUUUUCCUCAUCAUCUGGCCCGAUCGCCCAGCCCCAUGCGGACAAUUUCGCUGGACGCGCGCUGCAGCAGCCCGGCUUCAACGGAUGUGAGUGUCCUGCGCACACCGAGUCCUUCGCAGAGUAGUCUGGCUUCCCUAUCGGGUGGUGGUGUCAUUGGAUCGGCACCCAAUAUGGUCAUGAGUGGCAUCGGAGCGCCUCCUGUCUGCAGAGGUGUGGGCGUGGCUGGUGGUCGCUGUUUAUCGCCGCUGCUGAUACCGCCACGCCAGCAGCCUGGUGUCGAUCCAACUGUGGGCCCCGCUUCGCCACUGGGCGCACUGCAACCGGAUCUAUAUCGCAUGCCGGACGGACCCGUGUAUUUGACAGCUCCCGGCACCAGUCAUGCCGUUGGCCGCUUGCAUUUGCGUGUGAAAUACGAUUAUCAUCUAUUCGAUUUGACGGUGCACUUGAUUGAGGCACACAAUCUAAGCCCGAUUGAGGAGGGUGGCUUCCGAGAUCCUUAUGUGCGUCUCAUGCUGCAGCCGGAUGUGGAUAGCCGUAAGCGACAGACGCACAUACAUCGCGGCGAAUCGAAUCCCUACUUUGAUCAGCACUUCAAAUUUCCGGUUUCACGCGAUCAGUUGCAGGGCAAAGAGUUAGUUUUGCAGGUGCUCGACUAUGAUAGGUAUUCGCACAACGAUAUUAUUGGCGAAGUGCGCAUUUUCGUUGAUGGCCUCGAUCUAUCCAAAUCUGUUGAGAUAUGGGGCGACUUGUUGCGCACUAAGAAGCCCAAAGAGGAUCGUCCGGAGCUCUUAUGCUCUUUGAACUAUCUACCACAGGCCGAGCGUCUGACUAUUGUCAUAAUGAAGGCCAGAAAUUUGGAUACCAUUCAAGAGCCCUAUGUCAAGAUUUACCUAAUACAAAAUGGCAAGCGCGUCAAGAAGAAAAAGACAAGCAUUACAAAGUCGGAUGAUUUAACCAAUCCCAUUUGGAACGAAGCAUUCACAUUUAAUUUACAAUCAAAUUAUCUACACAGUUCGGCCAUUGAGAUCUAUGUGGUUGGAGCGGGCAGUGAAGCAGCGGAAAUUGGUUGUUGUGGCCUUGGUCCACAGGAAAGUGGCACUGGUUGCCAACAUUGGCACGACAUGAUUAACAAUGCACGCAAACCCACAGCCAUGUGGCACUACAUCCGCUAAGCAAAUGGACGAAGCUCCGGUGGGGCGGAAGGGAGCACUCUCGGCUUCAGUAAAGAAGAAAAAUGAAAAAAGAUCGAUUUUUGAAGCUGUUUUUUAAGUACAAAUACUUAGUGAAAUAUGAACAAACAGCGUUCACCGUUGAAUUGACUCAAAGCAUGGGCCGUCAAAUAAUUAAAACGUUAAGCAAAAUUUCUCGUGAAUUUAAAUGUGACAUACUAUAUACAUAUACUAUAAUUUUUAAAGCAAAUUUUCUU